GCGCGCGCCUAUUUCACUCGCCGGUUCGACUGGAACAAGACGCGUCGACAUUCAUUACCGUGCCGAAAUUCUAUACAAUUCUGAUUUCCAAAAGAAGUGAAGUGCAAGUAGUGGUCGAAAUGGCAGGAGAGAAACGCAGCAACAAUAGUGAUGAAGUUGUACAAUCAGAAACGACAAUAUUGCUUGACGUUGAAGGCACAACGACCAGCAUAAGCUUCGUAAAGGAAGAGCUUUUCCCUUAUGUAAGAAAUAAUUUGAAAAAAUAUUUGGACGAAAAUUGGGAUAAAGAAGAGUUUAAAGCAGAUUUGGAAAAGCUGAAAGAUCAGGCAAAUAAAGAUGAGAAAGCUAAAAUCGCAGGAUUUCAACCAAUUUCCGGUACAUCACCCGAAGAGGAAAAAGAAUCUCUUGUGAAGAAUAUCCUUUGGCAAAUGGAUGAAGAUCGCAAAACUGGAGCAUUAAAGCAACUUCAGGGUCAUAUAUGGCGACAAGCUUUUGAAUCUGGUGACAUAAAGGGACAUGUCUUUGAUGAUGUACCAAAAGCAUUGGAAUCCUGGACAAAUGGUGGCAGAAAAAUAUACAUUUAUUCAAGCGGUAGUGUUGAAGCACAAAAAUUGCUUUUCAGUCAUUCAAGAGAUAAGGACUUAACGAAGUUCUUAAGUGGCUACUUCGACACAGAAGUAGGAAUAAAAAAUGAAGUUGACAGCUACAGAAAUAUACUAAACAAGAUAAACGUUCCUGCUUCAUCAGUACUGUUUCUCACCGAUGUCGUUAAAGAGGCCAAAGCAGCUAAGGAAGCUGGAAUGUCGACAACUAUUGUGAUUCGUGAAGGUAAUGCUCCUCUUAAUGAAGAAGACAAAUCAACUUUCUCCACAAUAAAAUCAUUUGAUGAAUUGUGUUUCCAAUCUGUGAAUAAGCGCCAGAAAGUUGAUUCUGUUGAAGAUAUAAAAGAUUCAGAAGUUGAAGAAGUUUCUAAAAGUGAACCAAUCGAGACUGGAAUUGACAGUAAAAGUCAAGUUCCUAUUAAAAAUGACGAUGAAAAUGUCGUAGAACCAAUGGAUGUAUCCGAAGAAAGUUUAGCGAAAAUUGAGGAAAAAGCUGAAGCAAUUUUGCAGGAGGAAAAUGAAAUGAAAGAUGUAGUUGAAGUUGAACAGUGCGAAAAGAAAAGUCCAUCGUCUGAAAUUUCUAAAGAAGAAACACCUAAACUCGUUACUGAAGAUUCCAAGGAAUCGAAAAAUACCGAAAGCGAAAAACCUAAGGAAGAAUGUACUAAAGUCGAAGAGAAGAAGGAUGAAGAAACAAUAGCAAAAGAAUCAGACGAAAUUUUAAAAGUGGAGAAAGUUAAUGAAACUGAAAAACCAGUUGAUGAAAGUGUAAAACAAUCUGUUGCUGAAAAAAAAUCAGAAAUUGAACCAGCGAAAGCAAAAGAAUCUCAAAAUACAGAUCCUACUCCUGAAUCGAAAACUGACGAAAAAGAAGAAGAGAAAGUUGAAACGACACCCGAAAUCAGUACAAAAUCCAAAGAAACGAUUGUCACUGAAGAAAAGGUAAUAAACAAGAAUGAAAAUAAAGAUCAAUCUCCUAAAACGAAAGAAACAACUGAGGAAUUAAAAAAAGAUGUUCCAGAGAAAACUAUUGAAAUAGAAAAAGAAAAAGCAACGGAAUCCGAAACAAAAGACUCGAAGGUUGAUGUCAAAGAAAACGGAGAAGCUAAAAAAACAGAAGAGAAAGAGCAACCAUCAACAGAAGCGGAGAUAAAGAAGGAUCAACCAGAACUGCGAAGUGACAAGGCAGAAGAAGAGAAGAAUGAAAAGAAAGAGGAGGACAUGUUAGAUAAAUCAAAAGAAGAAGAAAAAGAAGAAAAAGUUACAGAAGUUGAAAAGGCGAAGGAGGAUGAAAACAAAUUUAAUGGCACGAGUAAUGGCAAAGAGAAACACAGUAAUGGAGUAGAAGAGAAUAAUAAGUCAGAUUCGAAUACGUCGAAAGCAAGUUCUUCGCAGAACGGUGAGGCGGAGGUUGGUGAAUCUUCUGAAGCGAUUAAAGUAAAAAAAGUUGUUGAUCCAACAGUUGCAGAUGGAGCAGGUGAGCCCGAGGUUGUCACUCCUCCUGUAGCUGUCGCCGCAACGUCCUAAUCACAUUUUGUGCGAUAUAAGUCAUACAUACAUGGCUCCUAAUCCCUCGAUUACUUAUCUUACGUUUAUAAAAGAAACAAUUACACGAACACGACUCACUGCAGCUCAGUGGAUUAUCGGGAGAAAAAUUAACAUUAGACAAGUUCAAUUAAUUGAACAUUGUCUUCUCAUUCAGAGAAAAGUGUUGUAACAAAUAGUUUAGUCAUUGCCAAAUUAAUCAUAGUGAGCGUUUUUUAUUACAAGAAAUUUAAAAAAUCAAAGCUAUCAUAUGUAAAAUUAUGUUCGAUGUUACUUUUAUUACAUAAAAACUGAUGACGAAAGAGAUUACGUUUCUAAAAAGCAAAAAGAGUUUUUUUUUUAAACUUUUUUCUGAAAAUAAAUUAACUUUAAUUCUUUACACUUUUUUUAAGAAAGUAAAAUUCAAAGAAAAACUAUUUGAACACCGUGCUACAAGUUUGAAUAUCUUUUUUUUUAAUAUUUCAUGAGUUGACACACUUGUUCCUACAAUAAUAUGAUUUUUUAAAAGCAUCUUUAGAUAGUUGAUUUAAAUAUUGUGGUGCUGUAUUUUGCUCAACGACGCAAUUUUUAUGUACGCACACUUUCAAUCUAAAACUUAUUGGAUCAUCAUAUAAAUAGAAAUAGAACGGCCACAAAAUUGCCUCGUUGGUUGCAAAUAAAUGUUGUUAAAUUCCUAAUUUUCGCAGAAAAUUCUGAAGAAUUAAGAAUUUAAUGACAAACUUUGUAUAAGAGUUUCUUUUCGACUUUUCUUAACUUACUUUUUAAUCUGAUUACUCCACGCAACUAUUCUUUAUAUCGUCGCUUGAAGAGGAAAACGUCAGUAUGAAAAUAUUUUGAAUAUUUUCUAUCAUUCCAACUGCCAUUUGAAGAAAAUUACAUUUCGAAAUUAUCAACUCUUUUAUUUAAGGUUUAUUUUACUAUAAACUAGUAAAAUUUAAAUUUUAAGCCCAUCGAAGUUGACAUUAUUUAAACGAAUAUUUCCUUCGGACUUGGAUUAAUAAUCCAAGUUUGAUUAAAAUCAAACCCUAAUUAAAAUAAAUCAAAUGAUAAUCAUUCUAACAUUCUAAAAUUAAGAAGAUGAAGAAAAUAUGUUAAGAAUAUUUAUAAAAUAUUCAAAAGGAGCUCAUUUACAUUACUUAUUAAUUAUUUUUUGUAUUUUAUUAUUUAUUUACUAAAUAAUUGAAUUUGAAAUAUUAAAUGAAUAAUUUAACAUAAAUUCCUAACGUCUUUUUGAAGAUGAACGUCAACCUAAAUUAAAAAAGAUAUUUUAAUUUCGAAAUGAAAUGUUUAUAACAAUGGUACAGUUUAUAAAAAUUCUUUGAAGCGACGUCGUUCUUAGUGCUUAUUUGAAAUGUCAGAGUUCUCCCCUCUGUGAUAUUUUGUGGCAGAUCUGUUUUCCUUACGAGAUUAACGCAAAACCUUGAACAGUGCGUGUUUUUGGUGCAUAUAACAUGUAUAAUUAUUUCAUAUGUAUACAUGAUCAUUGCAUAUUGAUUCAACAAUAUUUUAAGGAACAUUACUAAUGACUACAGUUUAUUAUCAUCUCAUAUUAAAAGCGUAAAUAUUUUGACGUACACAUUAUUGUAGGUGUUCAUGUACAUGUAACAAAUGUCGAAAGUUCUUUCAAUGUUAACUUGUACAUAUACAGGUACCAAAAACAUGCAUGUGUUCAUGUGCGUCAAUUUUUAGCCUGCUAGUAUUAAGAAUUAAAUUUACCAUCUCACAUUCGGUAUAUGAUCAAUUCUUUUUAUAUUAUUCCAUGCUGAAGUUCAUUUGCUUAAUUAUUUUAUCUCCCCAAUGUUUUAAAAUCUGAAGGAAUGCGCUGUGCGAAAUCGGUAAGAUAGGGAAUUCGUAGAUGGAGUAUGAUAUACGAAAUAUACUCUGUGCCAAAUGACCUAAGAAAUGUCAUUUUUCAUUGUAUUUUUAUGUCAAUAAACUGAGAACAGUCGAUCUUUGC